AUGGUGGUGACCGUGUGCCUCGGACUAAGAUGGGUGCGCAGGGCGCGGCGGGAGACGGCGAAUCGGCGGCGGCCUACGGCGUGGAAGAUGACACGGUUCGAGAACAUGGACCUGGAAAUGGACGACGUGCUCAGAACGAAGAACGUGGCGUACACGCUCGAAGUGGUGCGUGAAGAGUACGCGUACACGCUGCGGGUGGACGAGAAGACGGACGUGUACAGCUUCGGCGUGGUGCUGCUGGAGCUCGUCACGGGGCGCCGCCCGCUCGGCGACUUCGGCGACGAGAUCGACCUCGUCCACUGGACACGGCAGCAAUCCUGGCCGUGGCUGACCCCCGGCUGCCGCCAGAGCCCGCCGGCCUGA